AUGCAUAACGAGGACGGUGACCUGUGGGAAAAGCUCUCUCACUACAACACAGAUGGGAGGGGUGUCGUCAACUGUGAGUCACAUGACUGAGCUACAGUAUGCAGGGGCUGGGAAUCUGACAGCAAAGUGUUUUUAUUUGAAGUAUUAUCCUCUCCUCUCAGACUAUCUCACCCUCUCUUCAUCCUCCCUCCCCUAACCCUCUUCUCCUCACAGUGACCAGGGAUGAGUCUGUAGGGGGUUCCUAUGUGGGCUGUGAGCCCAUGGGACUAUUCUGGGCCCUGCAGCCUGCACCUGGAGAGAGAGAGAGGGUCUGAGGUGGGAAUAGGGAAAAUAACUAACAAAUCGUGCAAAGCCAUGGUCACAUUGAAUAUGAUUCAGAGACAAAUGCUUUUGAUCAACAAAGUCAAUCAACAUAAAAUAUAUUUUUUAAAGGGAUAGUUAAUAGAAAUAAUAAAGUUACAUAUAUAUUGGUCCAGGAGUGGUUGGAUACACUCUUUGUUUGUAUGCAAAGCCCAUGAUAGUGACAGUUUCAUCUGUGUAUUUUCCCACAGGCUGUGGAAGAAAAACUUUGAGACUCCAUACUCUGCACAGUUGUCCUUAUUAGAGGGUCACAUUCCGGUUCCAUCCAGUCAGGGUUCCAACAAGGAGCAGUGACAGAGAGGGGAACAGGAGCUGGCUGCAGUGACUGUGGAACAUUGGUACAUGGCACCAGGCGUCCAGAGAAUAGAGAUUCAGCAGAACAGAGUAGUGGGGACCUUGUUCUUACCCCCAGGUGUUUUUGUUAAAUUGUACAUAUCAAAUCAUAUUUAGAAUCUUAGAUUAUAGCAGAAUAUAUUUUACAGAGUGUCUUUACACAAAUUAUUAUGACUGAGACUUUAUUCCAAUACUCAGGGUAUUUGGUGUCCUCUGUUGUUGCCUCCAUAGGUCCAGGUCCAUUCCCAGCCACAGAAUUUGGGCAUAUAAGAAAGUAGAGACUAAAGGCUAUAAUCAAAUAUGAAAGGCCUAUUAGUAUGAUGAGUAAUAUGAGUGUCCUUGUAGGACUGCAUCUGGUUUGAAAUACCUGGUAUUCCCAUUCACUCAUUUUCUCUUUCUCAGCCCAGGUGUGUGAUCUGAGUCAAUGAUCCAAUGGGAAGUUUCAACAAACUCUCUGACAGCGAAGGCAUGACAGAAAGCUUUGAAGGGUUAGUUACCAUGGAAACAUAUAACAGAAAUAAGGUUUGAGAAUGAGAGUAUGCCUGAAAAGAUGACUUGCCUGAAAAGAUGACUUGACAGGAACUAAAUUAGAUAAUUCUCGAUCUAUUGUGUUAUUGGUUAAAGAGGGAUGCUGCUUUUUUUCUUAUCCCACCCACUGUUAUACUAUGUUAUAGGGAUCAGAAGCACUGGAGUUACGAUUAACAGGGCUACGCCAGUUUCAGAGAAGUGUCCACGUCCAACAACAUCCCACCUGAGAACAAAGCAAAGGUACGACCCUGAGUGACCCUCUCAAAUAUUGAUAGGGUCAAGAACCCCCUCCAGCCGGCUGCACAGAAUUUAAAAAAUAAUAAUUUUCGAGCAGAAUAUAUUUUAUUUAGAGUAUCGGUGUGAGGAGUACCUGUGCAGCUUUAGUGUUUUUUUUUUGUGCCAAUUAAUGUAGAAUUUUAUUCUGAGGGUUACUGGUACAUUAGCCUCUCAAGAACCAGGCUUCCCUAACAGGAAAGGAGGCGUGACAACAACUUGAUUAGGAGGUAUUGCUACGGGAGACUAGCUGUACAUCUACAAAGAUAUUCUCUGUCUGUGCAGGUUGAAAACCUGUGCUGCCCCCUACUGUACAUUGUGGGUGAAGAUGACUUGAGCUGUGCCGCUAUUGAGAAGGCAGAUGAGGUAGGCCUACUUCAUGGGAUUUCCUUACCAUUAAACAGACAAUAUGGCAUACUAUGGUAGUAUAUAUAGUUGUGGCCAAAUAUAUUGGCACCCUUGCACUUUUCUUAAAUAAGACACUAUUUCUUCUAAAAUAACUUCUAAAAAAGUUUUGGUCAGCACACAUUGUUAUUGGAUUUGGACAUUGCAGAACCACUUUUAUUUUUGUAAACACCCCGGAGCUGGUACUUGGUUGCACAGCAUUUGGCCAAGAUAACUGCAGACAAACGCUUCUUGUAGCCAUCAUUGAGCUUGCUGCACCUUUCUACUGGCAAUUUGGCCCACUUUUUAGCAGCAAACUGCUCUAAUUCUUCAAUAUUUGUGGGGUGCCCUCCUCCAACUGCUGUUUUCUGGACUCUUCGCUGGCCGCUGCAGAACAAUCCAGCAUCUCUUCUUAACCAUUCCUGGGUGGUUUUUGAUGUGUGUUUGGGUCGUUCAAGGCCUCCAGUACCAGAGGCAGCAAAUCAAACCCACAGCAUUAUAAAACCUUCCCCAUAUUUGAUUGUAGGGAGGGUGUUCUUCUCAUUGAAUGCUUCAUUUGGUCAUCAGUAAACACAGCGCUGAUCUGUAUUGCCAAAGCGCUCUAAUUUUGUUUCAUUGGUCCACAGAACAUUUCCCCCAGAAUGUAGGUUUAUUUAGGUCGAUUUUUGAGAAGUGUCUCUUUCAGCAUUGGGGUAUUCUUAUGUUUACCAACGACCAAAUAAAGCAUUCAAAGAAAAUAACCCUCCCUACAAUCAAUUAUGGGGGAGGUUCGAUAAUGCUGUGGGGUUGCUUUGCUGCCUUUGGUACUGAGGGCCUUGAAUGUGUGCAAGACAUAAAAUCAGCAGAUUAUCAAGGUGUUUUGGAGUGCAAUGUUUGACCCAGUGUCCAAAAACUGUGUCUCUGUUGAAGGCUGUGGGUCUUCCAGCAGGACAACAACCCCAAACACACAUAAAAAGCAUCCUGGAAUGCAAUGACAGACAGUGACACAUGGACAGACAGUGACACAUUCAAUACCGCCUUGAACACUCUUGCCUGCAUCUAGCUUAUCUAGGGUGUAAUCCUUAGUCCAACAGUUGCAAACGAGAGUUUCUGUUGGACAAAUUCAGGUAUUUGUAUCCCUGUUUCAUUUGCUUCCGUUUAAGAAACGUUUUUCAACAGAAUCGGUAGAAUGAAUACACCCCUGAUCAUAGCAGCCAUGUUGUAUUCAUUCUAGCCUCUAUGCACUCUCCUCCUCUCAUCUUUUGCAGUUAUCUUGGCCAAAGGCUGUGCAACCAAGCACUAGCUCCAGGGUGCUAAUAAUUUUCUCCAUGCCAUUUGUCUUUAUUUUCUUUACAAAAAUAAAUGUGGUUCUGCAAUGUUGAAAAUCCAAUAACAAGGUGUGAAGACCAAACGUUUUUUUUCAAUUUAAACUUAUUUGAGAAGAAAUUGGGAAUUACAAGGGUGCCAAUAUAUUUGGCCGCAAAUGUGUCCUAGUCAUAGCUGAGUAAUAACUUUUCCAAUGUCGAAGUCAAAAGUCGUGACCAGUUGAAUGAACAGAUAUUUGCUUGGUUUUCAGAUUGAGAAGAAGCUUAAAGAUGUUGGUAGAUCCCACCUGUUCACCCGCCUGUCAUAUCCAGGUGCUGGUCACCUGAUUGAGCCACCCUACACCCCCAACGCACAUGCCUCCAUGUGGACCAAACAACCACAGAAACGUGGGUCCUCCUUUCCUCCCAUACACAUCUUCACCUCUCUUUCAUAUUUAGUUUGUCAUGCAGUUAUGACCUUGUUUUCAGUGGUACCUUUUUAUAAAUAGUCAUGAUUGUAUCCUAAAAUGAUAAUCAUACUUUGAAAGAUUUGUCUUGAAGUAAAUGUAUUAGUCCUUUAUUCUUCAUUUAUAUAUCCACUUACAAGCACUAACAUAUGCAUUCAAAUUUAAAGGGUUUCCAAAAAAGGGUAUUUGACAAAAUGGUAACAGACAUUAUAAUUAACAUGCAGUAUCUCAGAAAUGAGGGAACUACAUUGCGAUUAGUAUUUUCAGGUUAUUUCCCAUGCUGUCCUGUUGUUUUUCCAUAUAGUGAUCACUCUCUGGGGAGGGCACCUGGUACCGCAUGCUGCCACCCAAGAGGACGCCUGGAAGAGGACCCUGGAAUUUAUGGAACGUCAUCUAAGGGGAAAGGAAUACAAAUAG